AAGCACACAAGCGCUGUGCUAUUUACAGUUACAAAUAGAGAAUUUAGAGACCAAAGACGAAAUCAAAUCAAAAGAGAGAGAGAGGUUAUGGAGAGAACAAACGAUCCCCAUCAUUCCACCGCCGAUCUUCUCUCGUGGUCCCAGAUCCACCACUCCUCCGCCGCUAAUCCCUCCAACCAGCCGUCUGAUGACAUCAGCGACGUCCUUGGCGGUGGUGGCAAAACCACCAACAAGGAAGCCGAAUCGCUUAAUAAAAAUGUUUCGUACAAGAAGAACUGUUCUGGCCACAAGCUAAAAGAAAUGACUGGUAGUGACAUCUUCUCUGAUAAUGGUAACGUUACCAACGGUGAUCCAAUUCACACUUCAAGAAUCCAUUACCAUCAUGAUCAGGAUAGUCAGAUAUCUUUCAGCGGCGAAGAGAACAACAACGCUGCUGCCACUCCUAAGAAACCAACCGAGACUGCAAAGAUAAAGGAGUUGGACAGGUCUGUACAAACACAGGCUGACUCUAAGAGUAAAAAGAAGCAGGUUUCUAACACUAAGAGCAAAGCAAUCACUGGUCGUGACAUCUUUGCAUCUCCUCCUCCUCCUGAAACCCAAGUAGCUGCAACAAAACAACAAGUUAACAUGAAGGAAUCUGCUAAAGCCUCCAAUGGGAAAAGUGGUGAUAGUAAAGAACAUGUUGUGAAGUCUUCAUCAAGGAAGACAAACAGAAACCAACUCACAAGCAAUGGUAUCUUCAAAUCUGAUAAAAUCCCUCCUGGUUAUUCAGAGAAGAUGCAUAGCUCCGCUAAAUCGCGGGAAAUGAAGGGAAAUAAUAUCUUUGCAGACGGCAAGUCCGAGUAUCGGGAUUACUAUGGUGGCGCGAGGAGGCCUCCCGGUGGUGAGAGCAGCAUUUCUUUGGUCUAAAUUGAGUUCUUAAUCUGUGUUCAAGUUUUUAGGUGUCCUACGGUCUAGUUUUCCUAAAGAUGCUGUGACCAAAGUGGUUUGUGUUCGUGUGGUCGGUCUCUUGACGAUGGUCUCAUUUAUAAUAUAAAACGUACGCCUUUUGUAGUUCAAAUUUCGGACACGAUUAUAAUAAAAUAGAGUUUCAGAUAU